AGUUUGUCAGAGUGUCAGCAGCUGCAGUCGAGACAAGUUCAACUGAAUCCAUCAGGUUCUUCUCAACAAAACAGCAGAAUCUCUGUCAAACACUGAAACAUUCAACUGGAUUUCUCCACAAACAGCAGAAUCUCUGUCAAUCACUGAGUGUAGAUAUGUCUGCUGCCAGCUGUCUGCUGACUGAAGAUCAGUUUCUGUGCUCCAUCUGUCUGGAUGUGUUCACUGAUCCAGUCAGCACACCAUGUGGACACAACUUCUGUAAAACCUGCAUCACUGAACACUGGAAUAUUAAUUUCCCGUGUCAGUGUCCCAACUGUAAAAAGGUUUUCUCCACAAAACCUGAGCUGCAGGUCAAUACUUUCAUCUCUGAGAUGGCUGCUCAGUUCAGACAGUCAGCUCAACAGAAAGCCAGCAGCAGCAGCUCAGAGCAACAAGUUUCCAAACCAGGAGAAGUUCCCUGUGACGUCUGCACUGGAACCAAACUGAAGGCCCUGAAGUCCUGCCUGGUGUGUCUGGUCUCCUACUGUGAGACUCACCUGGAGCCUCAUCUGACAAUGUCAGGUCUGAAGAAACAUCAGCUGAUCGACCCUGUGGAGAACCUGGAAGGCAGGAUGUGUACGAAGCACGAUAAACUGCUGGAGCUGUUCUGUAAGACCGACCAGAUGUGUGUCUGCAUGCUCUGCACUGUUUUAGACCACAAGACACAUGAUGUUGUUCCUCUGAAAGAAGAAUAUGAAGGAAAGAAGACUGAGCUGGAGAAGACAGAGGCUGAAAUUCAGCAGAUGAUCCAGAAGAGACGACUGAAGAUUGAGGAGAUGAAACGCUCAGUGAAGCUCAGUAAGGAAGAUGCAGACAGAGAGAUAGCAGAUGGUGUUCAGGUCUUCACCGCUCUGAAGGAGUCUGUUGAGAGAAGUCAGGCCGAGCUCAUCGACACCAUCAAAGAGAAGCAGAGAAAGACAGAGGAACAGGCUGAAGGCUUCAUCAAAGAGCUGGAACAGGAAAUCUCUGAGCUGAAGAAGAGAAGCACUGAGGUAGCACAGCUCUCACAGUCUCAAGACCACCUCCACCUCCUCCAAAGCUUCCCGUCCCUGAACACUGCUCCACCCACCAAGGACUGGACAGAAGUCAGCGUCCGUCCACCUUCAUAUGAGAGGACUGUGGUGAGAGCUGUGAAUCAGCUGGAGGAGACGCUCAGUAAACAGAUGAAGAAGCUGCUUGAGGUCGAGCUGAAGAGGGUCCAGCUGUUUGCAGUGGAUGUGACACUCGAUCCUGAUACAGCAAAUCCCUGGCUCAUCCUGUCUGAUGAUGGGAAACAAGUUAAACUUGGUGAUGUAAAGAAGAAUGUCCCAGACAAUCCAGAGAGAUUUGAUCCUUGUCCUAAUGUCUUAGCAAAGCAGAGUUUCUCUUCAGGAAGAUUUUAUUAUGAGGUUCAGGUUAAAGGGAAGACUAAGUGGGAUUUAGGAGUGGCCAGAGAGUCGAUCAACAGAAAGGGAAAAAUCACAGUGAGUCCUCAGGAUGGUUACUGGAUGAUAUGUUUGAGGAAUGAAAAUGAGUACCAAGCUGCUGCUGGUCCUUCAGUCCGUCUCUCUCUGAAGUCUCAGCCUGAGAAGGUGGGGGUGUUUGUGGAUUAUGAGGAGGGUCUGGUCUCCUUUUAUGACGUUGAUGCUGCAGCUCUUAUCUACUCCUUUACUGGCUGCUGCUUCACUGAGAAACUCUACCCAUACUUUAGUCCAUGUAAUAAUGAUGGAGGUAAAAACUCUGCCCCUCUGAUCAUCUCUCCUGUCAAUCACACUGAGUAGAACAACCAUUUGAUUUUCUACAGAAAGAUUCAAAUCAUGUCAUGUAACAAAUGUAGAUUUAUUGGUGAUGUACGGUGAACACAUUGAUGUUUUUUCUGAUUCUGACCUUUUUUUCUCUCAAUGUUUUUCUCUGAUGUGUCACAUUGCUACUUACUACUACAACACAGCAACUUUACUGCACUGAUUGAUAUUAUCUAAUGUGCUCUGAUUUAUUCUAACAACUGUUCAAUCAUCAGAAAACAAUGAAUCAGAAGGAAGAAACAUUUCCUUAAAUGUCUGGGUGCCAAAUUCAACCUUUUUAUUGUCUGAUCAUUGUAUAUAUAAGAAUUGUUGCACACUGCCACAAAUUACUGACAGUGACCUUUUUAUGAAUAAGAUAAAAGUCAUUUGAUUUUCAGUUUUUUCCUGUUGAAUAAAUAAAUAAAUACA